AGUUUCGGUACUGGACAUUCGACGUUCUGUAGAUAAUAAUGUAGAUAAAUGUUGUUAAUUUACAAUUUAAAACCGUAAUUAGUGAAGUUCGUAAGUUUAUAACAAUUUAAGCUCAAUUAUCAACAUGGAAAAUAUUCAGAGUACUGAUGAGCCUACUAAUAUUGGUGUAGUUGAAGUUACUGAAAGCAAUAUUGACGAUGUGAUAGCCUCCAACGAUUUGGUGUUAAUGGUAUUUUAUCGUAAUUGGAGAACGUCGGACAGAGAUCGUAUUUUAUCCAUAUUUGAUGGUGUUGCAAAGGAAAUUACGAAAGCUGGAUUGAAUAAUGGCAAAGUAGCAUUGGCUAAGGUAGAUUCUGAUAAUGAGGAGGCCAUCACAACAAAAUAUGACCUGUACGUGAGCAAUCCUAGAAUUGUGAUGUUUGCAAAUGGUGUGCAAUCGAGAGAAGGGUGGUUAUGCAGAUGCAAACAAAGCGUGGAAGGUUAUGUAGAGUUUAUCAGAGGAAAGCUAAGUGAUCCAAUUAUAGUAAUCAAUAGUUUGGAUGAGCUUCAUGAUCUCAAUGAGAACAUAGGGCACAUAGUUGCUUGCAUAAACAGCAAAGACCAGCCUGAGUAUGAUAUCCUUCGUAAAGUGGCUACCAGCCUUAGAGAGGAGUGUCGAUUCUAUGUGAUGUUGGAUGAUUCUGCGCAGCGAACACACCUAAAAGGUCAACUAAGUGUAAUGAUUCGAUCAACAGGAGGAACUAUCGUUGCACUUGACGACACAUACAGCGGAUCUAUGCUCAACUUCACUGACAUGUAUACUUGGGCCGUGCAAGCAAUAUUUCCUCUCUUACAGGAAAUCAACUCAGAGAAUGAAGAAAACCUCUCGAAAAAGUACCCAUGCAUCAUUUUAUUACACAUACCCUCCGACACACAAACUGUGAAGCUAUAUAAAGAGGCCAUAAGAAGAGAAUAUUCACUUGAAGAACGCUUCAGCGUCUUACUGGCUGAUGGCACACAACUUGAGCACUUAUUGGUGCGGUUUGGAAAAUCGGUCGCUGACCUGCCCUUAAUUGCCUUUGAAUAUUACAACGAGAUACGGCUCUAUGAUUACAAUAUUCUUUUGGAACCUGGAAAACUCAAUAAAACCACCAAAGACGUAACGGGCUAUCGGUUUGAUCAGAACUAUGUCUAUGCAGGUCGCCUAACAUCAGUUGACACUAAAGACGAAGGAAUAUCUAAACUAUUUGAAUGAAAAACUACUAUGAAAAACAUUCGUUAUGCAUUUGUCGUGCCUUUUAUGAGAAUGUGACAUGAAUUAAAGA